UAGAACGAACGAUUACGGAGGAACACGAGUGAUUCUGUUAUCUUCAAUCUAUCUCAACUCAACACAAUUUCUCAAUUCUUUUCUGCAACAUCCUUGCUUGGGCUUGGCUUGGAUUGAUCACUCAUGGCUGUCCAAACCCACGUUUUUACCGGAUUAGCUUUGGCUUCAACUCCUUCUUCUUCGUUUCAACCCUCUUCUUCCAAGCCCGGUACCCUCUGUGUCGCCACAAAGCUCUUAAGAACGUCCUUCCUUAAUGGCGGAGGGAACAUUUUACAAAUUACAGAGAUGAAAUCUUUGCAUCUUGAUCGAUCUCAUGGUUGUAGACGUGGAGGUGCUCUUGGUGCCCGCAUGAACCUCUUUGACCGUUUUGCAAGGGUCGUAAAGUCAUAUGCAAAUGCACUUGUAAGUUCCUUUGAGGAUCCUGAGAAAAUCCUGGAGCAGACAGUGCUUGAAAUGAAUGAUGAUUUGACGAAGAUGCGUCAAGCCACAGCACAGGUACUAGCUUCUCAGAAGCGCUUGGAAAACAAGUACAAAUCUGCACAGCAAGCUGCAGAUGAUUGGUAUCGAAAGGCACAAUUUGCUCUCCAAAAGGGAGAUGAUGAUCUUGCUCGGGAAGCUUUAAAGAGGCGCAAAUCAUUUGCUGAUAAUGCAAAUUCUUUGAAAGCUCAACUUGAUCAGCAGAAGAAUGUUGUGGAAAAUCUUGUUUCUAAUACACGGCUAUUAGAGAGCAAGAUACAAGAGGCGAGAUCAAAGAAAGACACACUGAAAGCACGUGCGCAGUCUGCAAAGACUGCAACCAAAGUGAGUGAAAUGUUGGGGAAUGUUAACACAAGCAGUGCUCUUUCUGCUUUCGAGAAGAUGGAAGAGAAAGUUAUGGCAAUGGAGUCUCAAGCAGAAGCUCUUGGACAGUUAACUGCUGACGAUCUUGAAGGAAAGUUUGCUCUGUUGGAGGGCUCAUCAGUCGAUGAUGAGCUAGCGAACUUGAAAAAAGAGUUAUCUGGAAGCUCAAAGAAAGGAGAACUUCCACCAGGAAGAACUGUUUCUGGCAGCGCAUUUCCGGUUCGUGAUGCCGAGAUCGAGUCGGAACUCAAUGAACUGAGGCAAAAAGCAAGAGAAUUGUAGGGGUAUGGCAGAUCAUUAGAAUUACAUUGUACAGUAAGAAAAUGAUCCAAACAGAUCAAACAUUGUAUAGCUAAACUCCAAUUUUUGGACUGAGGAUGCAUGGCAGAACUUGUUUAGUUCAUAUAUAUUGAUGAAUCUGUGGGAUCAAAUGUUGUUUGUAAGUUCAAAAUACCAUCGGCAGUUUGCAGAAAAGCUUGCUAGCUUCUGUUUGCAUCAUGCAAUUGAAAUUUGUGUUUAGGACA